CUAAAGCAAUUCUCAUAGCCGCACGCACGCUCCCAUUUUAGGAAAGUGGUCUACCAAUAAAUUAUCCUAAAUCCAUUUUGCAGCUUCCCAUUUUAGGAAAGUAAGUAUAAUAGAUCGAUCCUCAACUCAGUUUCUUUGCCACACCGCUUAUAAAAAUUAACUCUGCCUAUUGACUCCACACUCAGCUCAUUCUUCCGUUACUCGAUCAUAUUAUUGUCAAACAAGUUCAGUUCUUCAUAUUACUCUGCAUUCUUCCGUUCCGUUCAAAAACCUGAUAUCCUUCAAACAUGUGUUGGUUCAUCACUCGGUCUGGUCUCCGUCUCCCGCCACAAGAAUUACUCAAUGAUCUUUGUAGUCGGUUUGUUCGGAAUGUUCCCAAGGAAGAUUUGCAGUCUUUUGAGAGGAUUAUGUUGCAAGUGGAGUAUGCGCAUUGGUUUUACGAAGAUAAUUGCGUUGAGAAUGAUCCAUCACUGAAAUCUCUCACUCUUAAGGAAUUCACUUCUCUUUUAUUUAACAGUUGUGACGUUUUCAAACCAUAUGCUGCCCAUAUAGAUGACAUCUUCCGGGGCUUCAUCUCAUAUAAGGCUCGAGUUCCUGUUGCAGGGGCCAUCAUCCUGGACGAAACUUAUGAGCGGUUCUUGCUGGUGAAGGAUUGGAAAGGACCAAGCUGGAGUUUCCCUCGUGGGAAAAAGAACGAGGAUGAAGAAGAUGAUGCAUGUGCUGUUAGAGAGGUUUUGGAGGAAACCGGGUUUGAAGUGUCAAAACUUCUUAAAAAAGAAGAGUACAUUGAGAUGGUUUUUGAUCAAAAAAGGGUUCGGCUCUACAUAAUCGCAGGAGUGAAAGAUGAUACGGUCUUUGCACCGCUCACAAAAAAGGAGAUUAGUGAAAUUGCGUGGAACCGGCUUGAUGAGCUCCCGCCAGGAAUCGCUGAUGUCACAUCUCUUACUUCCAGCGGCAUCAAACUUUAUAUGGUUGCUCCAUUUUUAAAGUCUUUAAAAGAAUGGAUUUCUGCCCACCACCCUCCCGUAGCACCUAGACCUCAUAGAUCCUUGAAAGGAUGCAGCGUGUGGAGGGCAACAGGCCGAAGUAGAACAAUUUUUCAUGGAGGACUAAAGAUUAAAGAGUGCCCUGUUUGGUGAUUAGUCGUUAGCGGCUAGUUAGUUGAAUAACUAUUUUGACUAGCCGGUGGAUCUGGCAGUUUUGAUCAACGAAUUAAGUUAGUUGAUUUUCUUCAAGUGUUUGGUAAAAUUAGAUGUUUGUGAUUACUUGUGGGAAUGCAAAGAUUCACCCAAAUUAUGUAUAAAU